CGAGCUUCAGGUCAGUCCGUCCGUCCGUCCGCCACCAUGAAGUUCGUCCAGAAACUGGCGGGCUACCCGCGUCUGCUUCUGGCCGGCAAUCCUACCAAGAGUGAUGUAGGCAUGCUAUUGCUGGGGAUCCUAUGUGCGAUUGCUGCCGGCGUCCCUUUCCCGUUGAUUGGUGUUCGGUUUGGUGAGCUGCUGGACGACUUCAAUACCGUCACCUGUGACUCCGACUCGAGUACGAGAUCCGACGAACGGGGGGACAUUAACGGCAACAUCCUGAUUAUUGUCUAUCUGGCUAUCGCUCAGUUUGUGCUGAUCUAUGCCCAUCUCUCCUUCUGGAGUUUGAACGGCGCUCGACUCGCCCAGAGACUGCGAGAAGUGUAUUUACAAAGCCUGCUUCGACAAGAGCCGUCCUAUUUUGACAACCUUCCUCCCGGCGAGAUCGCAUCUCGUCUUAAUGGGGACAUCCAGGCCAUUCGCUCCGGUACGGCGGAGAAGGUGGGCAUUUGCAUCUCGACGUUUUCCUUUUUCAUCACGGCGUACAUCGUGGCGUUCAUCAAGGACUACACCCUGGCUGCAGAGUUGAUCUCCCUGAUUCCGGCUUACUUUCUGAUGUCCUUUAUCGGAAGCCACUAUAUUGAAAAAUAUUCCGGCCUGAUGUCAGAUUACGCCGCCAGCGCUUCAUCCAUUGCCUCCGAGGCGCUUUCGAACAUCACCGUGGUGCAGGCCUUCGGGGCCAAUGCUCGCUUGGAAGAAAAAUUCUCCAAGGCGCUGAAAUCCGCAGAGCAUGAAGGUUUGAAGAAGGCUACCGCGGUCGGCAUCCAGUCCGGAUUCCUGUAUUUCAUCGCUUACUCGGCGAACGGUCUCGCCUUCUGGCAAGGAAGCAGACAUAUCGCCGACUCCGUGGGGAAUGAGUCCAAAGGCGUCACGGUGGGUGCUACCUUUACGGUGAUCUUUAUCCUGGUUGAAGCUACACUGCUUUUGAGUCAGGUUGCGCCUUUUCUCCAUCUGUUUGUGGCAGCGGUGGCCUCGUUCGACAAGCUACGCGAGGACAUCGAUCGUGAACCCUUGAUUGACGGUACUGCCGAUUCAGGGCUUCGUCUCCCACAGGCAGAAGAAGGGGGCUUUGAAUUCAAAAAUGUUUCAUUCACUUACCCUUCCCGGCCCGAAGUCACCGUUCUGGAUCAAAUGAAUCUCUCUAUCCCCGCCAACAAGCACACGGCCAUCGUUGGGCUCUCUGGAAGUGGAAAGUCAACCAUCGCAGGGUUGGUAACAAGAUUGUAUGAUCCUACCGAAGGAGAGAUCCUGUUCGACGGCCAUAGCCUGCGCGAGGUGAAUGUCCGCGACCUGAGAAGCUUCCUGAGCUUGGUCCAGCAGGAGCCUUCUCUGCUCGACCGUUCCCUCUUGGAGAAUAUUGCACACGGCUUGAUUAAUUCCAGUGACCCGAGCCAUUCUCACCUGAAGCCUCUCCUUCUCACUCCCGAGCUAGCCGAACUCGCAACCGAGAUUAGGCAAGGCAAGGAUCUUAUGGCGGCAGCUGCAGAGCGAGGCCCCCAGGUUGUCGAAAUCGUCCACUUGGCCCGCAAGGCGGCCACACUGGCAGACGCGGAUCCAUUCAUCUCGGCCUUGCAACACGGAUAUGGCACGGUUGUGGGUUCGAGCGGACGGUUAAUCAGUGGGGGUCAGAAGCAACGAGUAGCCCUUGCCAGAGCCCUUGUCAAGGACCCGGCAGUCCUCAUCAUGGAUGAAGCCACCGCGUCUCUGGAUUCAAGGAGUGAACAACGCAUCCAGCGGGCGAUUUCCAACAUCACCAGCGGCAGAACUAUGAUCACGAUUGCUCAUCGGCUAUCGACAAUCACGAGCGCAGACAACAUUGUCGUUAUGCACAAGGGACAUAUCGUGGAACAGGGCAGUCACUCGGAGUUGAUGGCUAAGAAUGGCGCGUACGCCGAUUUGGUGAAACUACAAACGAUGGGAUCCACGUCCGAGAAGACUGAGGUCGCCGUCACCGCAGACAGCAUUAAUGAAUCAUCGUCCACGGAAGCCGAUAUCGAAAAGAGCAGUUAUCCCCAGUCUCCCGUCGGACCUGUCCCGGAAACUAGGCCGUCACCUAGUGAGGAAGAAGAAGAAGAAGAAGAAGAAGAAGAAGAAGAAGAAGAAGAAGAGGAGCCCGAAACUCCAUCGAAAUCUCUGUGGGCCUUGAUGAAAGGAUACUCUCCAACCCUAAGACCACACCUGCUCAUGGUCUUUCUUGCUCUUCUCGCCUCCAGCAUUGUUGGCGGAGCAUUCUCUGCAGAAGCGGUGAUUUUCGGAAAUACCGUUGGAAGUCUGAGUCCCUGCAAAACACCGGAUAGCAUUCGGAAUCGCGGUGAUUUCUACGGGCUUAUGUUCUUCGUCCUCGCAAUAAUCGAGUUCUUUGCCAACUUGGUCAGUUGGUCGGGAUUCGGUUGGGUUUCGGAGAAAAUCGUCUACACAGUACGAGUCCUAUCCUUCCGGUCCCUUUUCGAGCAAGACCUUCAAUGGCACCAGUCCGAAGGCCGGACGCCUGCUCUGCUUCUCUCGUACAUCACCCGAGAUGGCAAUGCCCUGGCGGGCCUGAGCGGCUCUGUUAUCGGCACCCUGUUCUCGAUUUCGGUGAAUCUCAUCGCCGCAAUCAUCUUGACUCACAUCAUUGCCUGGCGAAUUGCGUUGGUCUGUUUGUCUCUGGUACCUCUGCUCCUGGGCGCUGGUCUUCUGGAGCUUCGGAUUCUCGGCAAGUUCGAAGAGCGUCACGAAAACGCAUACACCAAAUCAGUCGACAUCGGCGUGGAAGCCGUCUCGUCUAUCAAGACCAUAGCCGCGCUCUCCCUGGAAGAAGAAACCCUGAGGACCUACCAACGAUCCUUGACGGGACCGCGCAAGGAAACCGUCCAAGUCACCGUGCAAGCCAGUCUCUGCCAGGCCAUGACUUAUUUCCUGGGCAACCUGGUGAAUGCACUGGCCUACUGGUGGGGCGCCAAACAGAUCAUCAUCGGCAACUACACGCAGACCCAGUUCCUGAUUGUCGUCUUCUCGCUCCUUGUCAGUGCUCUGCUGUGGAGCCAGAUGUUUGCCCUGGCCCCGGAACUCACCAGUGCUCGUGCGGCGAUGGCACGAAUCCUGGGCCUGAUUGAGAUCGGCUCCGACCAGAUGCAAGGACGCGUGCCUCCCCAUGCUUUCCCCGGCGUCUCUUCCGACGACGGAAGCCACUUGGAGGCAGCAGCGGAACCGAAGCUUCCCCGGGUCGUGUCCGACAGCCUCGCCUCCAGCGUCCAGCUCCGCGACGUGCACUUUGCUUACCCUGCUCGCCCAGAUAUCAAAGUUCUCAAUGGCCUGAACAUCGAUAUCCAACCGGGGAAGUUCUGCGCCCUCUGUGGGCCCAGCGGCGCGGGUAAAUCCACCAUCAUUUCCCUCGUUGAGCGAUUGUACGUGCCAGAGUCCGGAGCCAUCGUGAUCGAUGGCGUCGACGUAACCAAACACCGCGACGUCGCUUUCCGGGACUCGAUCGCCCUCGUCCCGCAGGAAAGCGUCCUCUUCGAAGGGAGCAUCCAGUUCAACGUUGGUCUGGGGGCCAAACCAGGACAAGAGGUGACUCUAGACGACAUCAAAGAGGCCUGCAAGCUGGCCAAUAUCCACGACACAAUCGACGCCUUGCCCGACGGCUACCAGACGCUCUGUGGUCCCAACGGCAGCCAGUUCUCCGGAGGCCAGAAGCAAAGAUUAUCCAUUGCGCGUGCCUUGGUUCGAAAGCCUAAGCUGCUGAUUCUGGACGAGUCAACGAGUGCCCUGGAUGCGGAAUCCGAGAAGCUUCUCCAGGAUGGGCUGGAGACGGCCGCAAAGGGUAUUACCGUCAUUGCCAUCGCCCAUCGUCUGCACACAAUCCAGAAAGCCGAUGUCAUCUACUUGAUUGAAGCUGGUCAGUGUGUUGAUCGCGGAACGCAUGAAGAGUUGCUGCAGAGGUCAGAGACAUAUAGGGCAAAUGUCUUGCAUCAAACCGUUGCAUGAUGAUGAUCAAUUUAUAGAUUUGGAUACCAUUUAGUUUAGAUUAAAAAGGCUCCUAUUAUUACUGUAUGAUUUUUCAUUUUUUUUUUUUUAAUACAUUUAUUUCUAUUCCAGGAGUCGAUUGGGAAGAUUGAUCAUAUAUAUAUACGGAGUAGUAAUAGCUACCUGCCAUUGAAGAUUGCAAAUAAGAAC